CUCCGCCAUCACACAAUAGCCUCCGGGCCAGGUGAGAUGUAUGCAGCGCUUCCUUCGAGGCAUCACUAUGGCGCGCUUGCCUCGAAAGCCUCUCGUCGCCGUCGUAGGAGCGACGGGUACGGGCAAAUCGCAGUUGGCGGUUGAGAUAGCCCGCAAAUUUAAUGGCGAGAUUAUUAAUGGCGAUGCGAUGCAACUGUAUAACGGACUUCCAAUCAUUACUAACAAAGUGACUGAAGAGGAGAUGAAAGGUGUGCCGCAUCAUUUGUUGGGUGUGGUUGGGUUGGAGGAGAAUACCUGGACAGUGGAGCGGUUCGUAAAGAGGGCGAAGGAUGUGAUUGAAGAUAUUAGACAACGAGGUCGUCUCCCGAUCCUCGUCGGCGGCACGCAUUACUACACCCAGUCCCUCGUUUUCGAUCAAGGUGUCAAAGAAGAAGAUCGCAAGCCAGACCAUGUCCCCGUCCUUGCCGACAAAUACCCCAUUCUCAACGAACCAAGCUCCGUGAUUCUCGCGAAGUUGCGCGAAGUAGACCCCGUGAUGGCAGACCGCUGGCAUCCAAACGACCACCGCAAAAUUCAACGGUCUCUUGAGAUCUACCUGCAAACCGGCAGGCCAGCUUCACAGAUAUACGACGAGCAACGCCAGCGCAGAGCUUCUGAUCCAACUCACGAGGACGCUCUGCCUGAUAUUGAUGUUGUCAAACCAGCGGCACGCCUGACAUACGACCCCCUUGUCUUCUGGAUUAACGUGCCCCCGACCACUCUCCCAGACCGACUCUCCGCUCGCGUCGACAAGAUGCUCGCCUCUGGUCUUCUAUCUGAAGUUCAAUCCUUAGACGCACAUCUCCUUGCUCGUCAGGCCGCUGGCGAGACUGUCGACCGUACGCGUGGUAUCUGGAUAUCCAUUGGAUACAAGGAGUUCGAGACGUACCAAGCACUCACGCGCGCUGAUCCACCGGCCACAGUCACAGAGCUAGAGAAAGCAAAAGCUGAAGCCGUGGAUCUGGUCAAGAUUGCCACGAGACAGUAUGCGAAGAGUCAGGUCAAGUGGAUACGAACCAAACUCACGCAUGCGUUUCAAGCAGCUGAUCUCUCUGAAAGAUUGUAUCUGCUCGAUGGAUCUGAUAUAUCAACCUUCUCCGAAAAUGUAGAGAAACCUGCACUAGAGCUUACAGAGAGGUUUCUGGCUGGCGUGGAGGAAAUGCCAUUGCCGGCUAGUCUUGGUGAGGCUGCGGCAGAGAUGCUGAGCCCGAAAAGUAGCUAUGAUCUGAGUACGAGGCCGGACUUGUGGCAGAGGAAGACAUGUGAAGCGUGUGGGACGGUAUCGGUAACGGAAGAGGAUUGGAUGAAACAUGUAAAGGGGAGAAGGCAUCAGGCAGUUGUGAAAAGGAGGGCAAGGACGGCAGUUGUAGUGCAUGAUGCGAGUUUAGAUGAUAGGCUAGAACGAGUUUCACAUCAACGAUGAG